AUGUACUUUUGCAGCCCGCUACAGGGUGAACGGUUCUAUCUACGGCUUCUCUUGACUACCGUACGGGGUCCACAGUCCUACGCGGACCUGCGUACCUUUAGCGGCACAGAGUAUCCUACUUUCCAGGCCGCCGCAGCUGCCCGCGGGUUACUGCUACACGAUGGAGACUGGGUAGCCUGCUUCCAGGACGCCGUUACGUUUGCCACAGGCCAGGCGUUACGGUACUUCUUCGUUGCUGCUCUCUUAAAUGGGCCUGUUACAGAUCCAGCUGCUAUCUGGGCAGCCUUCCAGGCGGAUUUGUGUGACGACUUACCUGAGGCUGCUGCUGCCCUGCUAGUAUCCGCAGAUCCAGACGCGUACCUUGACUACGGCCUGUAUCUGAUAGAAGGGCUGCUGGCAGAGUCUGGCAAACGUCUUACGGAUUUCUCACUCCCUGCGUGCCAGUUCAACUGGGGAGUACGGCUGCAGAAUCAGCUUCUUGCCGCUGAGCUGGCCUACGAUACAGACGGGCAGGACACUGCCUUCUGGGACACUGUUACAGGGCUGAAUAUGGACCAGCGCGCCGUAUUUAAUGCCGUUACUGCCGCUAUUGAGGCUGACCACAGCACUGCCCACUUCUUCGUACAGGGCCUAGCAGGCACAGGCAAGACGUUCCUCUGGCGCUGUAUAUGUGCCUACUAUCGCUCUACAGGCCAGGUGGUCCUGUGCGUUGCGUCGUCGGGUAUAGCUGCUGUCCUGCUGCCCGGCGGCCGCACUGCCCACUCCCGUUUCCGGAUCCCGUUGGAUAUCCACGACGAUUCCAUCUGCCCUGUUGCUCCAGGCUCGGAGCUUGGGCGGCUGCUGCAGGCCGCUACUCUAGUUAUCUGGGACGAGGUGCCUAUGCAGCACCGUUACUGCUUUGAGGCAGUCCACCGUAUGCUGCAGGACGUCCGUAGCUCCCCUGCCCUGUUUGGCGGCCUCCCUGUAAUUGCCAGCGGCGAUUUUGCCCAGAUCCUACCCGUCGUCCGCCGGGGCCAGCGGCCUGCCAUCGUCAACGCCUGCCUGCAGCAGUCUACGCUCAUAUGGCCGCACAUGACCGUACUGCACCUGCGUCAGAAUAUGCGGGUGCUAUCUGGGGCUGACAACACCUGUUUUGCAGCCUGGUGCCGGGGACUGGCUACCCGUGAGAUGGAUGGCCUGAUCUCCAUCCCAGACUGGAUGACCGUCUACUACAGCCUACAGGGCUUCCUGGAUCACGUCUAUCCGCCGCACCUCCUCCAGCAGGCUGCUGCGGACUAUCAGGUCCUCAACGGCCGUGCUAUACUGGCCGUACGGAACGACGCAGUGGCUGUAAUCAACGCCGCAAUGCUUGCUGCCUUCCCUGGUGAGCUAGUAGAGCUGGUUGCAGUGGACUCUGCUGAGGUUGAGGACAAUACAACACAGGAUCUGCCUCCCGUAGAGCUGCUGCAGUCCUUUGAGCCCCCGUCACUGCCCCCGUCACGCCUUCUGCUCAAGGUAGGCGUACCAAUAAUGCUUCUACGGAACCUGUACCCAAGCCAGGGGCUCUGCAACGGUACCCGUUUAGCGGUUACACAGAUAUCCUCCCGCUGUAUCCAGGCCCGCAUCCUAUCUGGCGAGUUUGCAGGCCAGCUCCGCCUGCUGCCACGUAUCAGGCUCACUUCAACCAGUAGAGAGCUCCUGUUUAUCGUCAGCCGGGUCCAGUUUCCAGUUCGCCUCUCCUUUGCAAUCACUGUAAACAAGUCACAGGGCCAGUCACUCUCUGUUGUAGGCGUUGAUCUGCGUUACGCUGUGUUUACACAUGGCCAGCUAUACGUAGCUAUGUCCCGUGUAACUACACUUGCAGGCCUGUCAAUCCUGCUGCCAGCACCUGAUACUAGCGAUGAGCCAUCCUGUACGGUCCCUAAUAUCGUAUACCCAGAGGUGCUCCUGUAG